CCAGGACAGUGCGGCAGGAGAUUCCGGGGCUGGGGUCUCAGAACCCGACUCGUGGUCCUGGCUGGAGAUGGAGUUCAACAGUGAGGGUCUGAGGAGAUUGCUUGGCAAGUACACGUUCAGGGAUCUAACUGUGGAAGAACUGAAGAAUGUAAAUAUGUUUUUCCCACAUUUCAGAUAUUCCAUGGAUACCUAUGUUUUCAAAGAUAGUUCCCAGAAAAACCUGCUGAAUUUCACUGGCACUAUUCCUGUGAUGUAUCAGGGUAAUACAUAUAACAUACCAAUUCGUUUGUGGAUUUUGGAUUCUCACCCUUUUGCUCCCCCCAUUUGCUUCUUAAAGCCAACUGCAAAUAUGGGAAUCUCAGUUGGAAAACAUGUGGAUGCUCAAGGCAGAAUAUACUUGCCCUAUCUCCAAAACUGGAGCCAUCCUAAAUCUGUCAUUGUUGGAUUAAUUAAAGAAAUGAUUGCCAAGUUUCAAGAAGAACUUCCCCUGUAUUCUCUAUCAUCAUCUGAUGAGGCACAGCAGGUAGACUUGCUAGCCUAUAUUGCAAAAAUCACUGAAGGUGUCUCAGAUACAAAUUCAAAGAAUUGGGCAAAUCAUGAGAAUAAAACAGUCAAUAAAAUUACCGUGGUUGGCAGUGGAGAACUAGGAAUUGCCUGCACAUUAGCAAUUUCAGCAAAGGGCAUUGCAGACAGACUGGUCCUCUUAGACCUCUCAGAAGGGACUAAAGGAGUGAUAAUGGACCUUGACAUAUUCAACCUGCCUAAUGUGGAGAUCAGCAAAGAUUUGUCUGCCUCUGCUCAUUCCAAGGUGGUGAUCUUCACCGUCAACUCUCUGGGUAGUUCUCAGUCCUACCUCGAUGUGGUACAGAGCAAUGUGGAUAUGUUCAGAGCCUUUGUUGCAGCUCUGGGACAUUAUAGUCCACAUGGCAUCCUGCUCGUUGCAUCUCAACCAGUGGAAAUCAUGACCUAUGUGACGUGGAAACUGAGUGCAUUUCCUGCAAAUCGAGUGAUUGGAAUUGGUUGCAAUCUGGAUUCACAGAGAUUACAAUAUAUUAUUACAAAUGUUUUGAAGGCACAGACUUCAGGAAGAGAAGUAUGGGUUAUUGGUGAGCAGGGAGAAAACAAAGUGCCCACAUGGGGUGGCCAAGAGGACGUAACGAGGCAUAACUCUCAGGUGCAACUGUCCAACAGAGCCAUGGAACUGUUAAGGGUAAAAGGUCAAAGAUCCUGGUCUGUUGGACUGUCAGUAGCGGACCUGGUUGACAGUAUUGUGAAUGAUAAAAAGAAAGUGCAUUCUGUAUCAGUUUUAGCAAAGGGAUAUUAUGAUAUAAAUAGUGAAGUGUUUUUAAGUUUGCCUUGCAUCCUUGGAACCAGUGGAGUGUCUGAAGUCAUCAAGACCACAGUGAAAGAAGAUACAGUGACUGAGAAACUCCAAAGCAGCGCAUCAUCAAUACAUAGUCUCCAGCAACAGUUAAAACUUUGAUUCUAAAGUUCAGAGUUACUUGAAAGGAAAGGUCGCUUAAUUUUACCAACAUAUAUAUAGGGCUGAGAACUUCUGUGUCUUAUUAUUUAUCCUUACAAACUGCUUGGUUAAGGUAGAUGGUUUCUUGGUUGGCUUUGUAAUAUGAAUCCUUAGGUAGUUAGAUAAGAAGGAAAAAAAAUCUAAUUUUCUUUGUUGUUGUUGAGAUAUCUAUACUGUUCUUUAAACCUACAGCAGAGAUAAAUAUUCAUCUGCAAUAUGCAUCAUUUUAAAAUUAUGUAUACUUAAUUAGCACAUUCAGCACUUUGGGAAUACUUUGAAAAUGAUACUUU